UUUGCUUUCACAUCAACAGCUUGUUUGUUUUUUUAUAUUUAGCCGUUCUCUCUAAUUUUAUUCAAUUAGGGCAUCUCUAAUUUUGGAGGGUAACACCCACAUGGACACAACCGCUGAUUUCUGUACAUCCACAUUGGUCCUUUGAACAGCCACCUCUUCCUUUCACAUUCCAAAUUUGUCUAAAAUUUUGGAGUAUCUUAAAGAAUCUUUUCAUCUCCUGAUUUGUUUCUUAAUCAUAGCAACCUUUUAUGUUAAUCCAACAGUAUUCCUACACAACCUUAAAGAUUGCUUGAUGUCAGCAUUUAUAUUCAGUGCUCAGAGCGAAUAAUGGGGUCAAACCAAUCAAUUUUGUUUUGGAUACAGAGAACUUUGCUCUGGCAACUCCACCUCCACACUCGAAGAUUUAAAAGUGAUCAAGAUUCUUUGGGUUCCCUUUCUUAUCUUUCCUAGCUUUAUAAGGAAUCUUGAAGGGCAAAAGCAAGGCAGCAUUGCUAUCUUAAUCUGCUUUAACGCUGCAGUCCUCCAUUUCAUUAACAGCAGUAGGAGUUUGCUUUGCAGACCAUAAUACAGCUCUCUUCAAAGAUAAAGAAGGGAGGUGAGCCCGUCACUUCUUUUAUGUGCUAAUCUUGAUACGGGGCUAGCCAUGACUAUUGCAAAUGGAAAAAUUGAUGCUCCUACUCCAACAAGACCUGGGGGAAAAACUAAAGGAAUUGUAGUUUGCUGGUUUCUUGGACUAGGGUCUCUGAUCUCAUGGAACAGUAUGCUGACCAUAGGAGAUUACUACUAUACUUUGUUCCCGAAAUACCAUCCUUCAAGGGUACUUACCCUUGUUUAUCAACCAUUUGCAAUCGGAACAAUGGCAAUACUGGCAUAUAAUGAGGCAAAGAUCAAUACUAGAAAGCGGAACAUAGCCGGUUACAUACUCUUUACUGCAAGUACUCUCAUGCUUAUGGUUGUGGAUUUGGCCACGUCAGGAAGAGGAGGCGUUGGACCUUUUAUUGGUAUAUGUGCAAUUGUUGCUGCUUUUGGAGUUGCAGAUGCUCAUGUUCAAGGUGGGAUGGUUGGAGACAUGGCUUUCAUGUGUCCAGAAUUCAUGCAGUCUUUCUUUGCUGGGUUGGCUGCAUCAGGAGCUCUGACCUCUGGUUUGAGAUUGAUCACAAAAGCAGCAUUUGAUAAAUCUAAAAAUGGUCCUCGCAAGGGAGUUAUGCUAUUUCUAGGAAUUUCCACUUUCGCGGAGUUCCUAUGCGUGUUGCUGUAUGCAUAUCUCUUUCCUAAACUGCCAAUAGUGAAGUACUACCGCUCAAAGGCAGCCUCUGAAGGAUCAAAGACUGUUUCAGCUGAUCUUGCUGCUGCUGGCAUCCAAACACCAGCAGACCAUCAAGCUUCUGAUGUUGCCAAAUCUCCGGAGCGAUUAAGCAACAAACAACUAUUGUUCCAGAAUAUAGAUUAUGCACUUGACCUAUAUUUGAUAUACGUGCUGACAUUGUCGAUUUUCCCGGGAUUCUUGUAUGAAAAUACUGGUGAACACCAGUUGGGAACAUGGUACCCUCUUGUUCUAAUCGCAGUGUACAAUGUGCUGGAUCUCAUCUCAAGAUACCUCCCCCUUGUUCCAUGGUUGAAGUUGGAGUCCAGAAAGGGCCUCAUGAUUGCAAUUCUCUCUCGUUUCCUACUCGUUCCUGCAUUCUACUUCACUGCGAAAUAUGGUGAUCAAGGAUGGAUGAUCUUUCUCGUUUCUUUCUUGGGACUAACAAAUGGCUAUCUCACUGUCUGUGUCCUAACAAUUGCACCAAGAGGCUACAAGGGGCCUGAGGCAAAUGCACUGGGCAAUUUACUUGUGCUAUGUUUAUUGGGUGGCAUAUUUUCAGGGGUUGCCCUUGAUUGGCUUUGGCUCAUAGGCAAAAAGAAUGCCUUCUAGAGAGCCAAAUCUAUCUGCAACUGAUAAAGAAAGUCGGCUCCUUUCCAUCGAUGCUAUGUUGAUAUUCGAUGCUAGCCAUUCCUCAAUUUGUCACAGCAACAAAGUCACCUGCCGAAAGCCAGACAUUAGGAUGGUGGUAGUGAUUUAUCGAGGAGUUUGAUUACUGCUCUGUUAGUUCUAAGCAUGUUUUAGCUAACAUGUCUCAAUGUUGAACCACAUCUAAAUACCAAGCACAAUUAUAAAAUUAUAUUUAGAGAUUAA